CGGCAGAUCAACAUCACCCAGAGUCCGUGGUGAUGAAGGUGUUUGACAUUUUGGCAGAAUGGAAUUGAUAUAAAGACGGCUCUGCCUGCCAAAGAAUCUGGAGAGGCUACCUUCUUGUUCAUCCCAACACUCUAGGUCUCGACUUACACUGGGCAUCACGUUCUCUUGACAGCAUUCUCUUUGAAGACACUCUUUAACUCUUUGAGGACACUCUUUUUAAAUCCACACAGCUCCUGCCGGCUCCACGCUACAACAUGUCGAAAAUGCUCUCAUUGUUUCUCGUUGCUCUCGCGGGCUUCGGAACAGCUUCGCCUACUGUCCAGCCCAUCAACUUUGCCGCCAUCCUGUCUGCCCCGGCGCCGUCCUUGACAGGCCCUCCGGCCUAUGCCACGGGCCAAACUGGAGUCUACAACCCCGCUGCUGCUUCUUCGAGUGCAUCCGUUGCGGUUACUGGCGUGGCCUCGGCCAGCGCUACCAAGUCUGUCGUCGCUCGCGAUGUCCUGGACAAGCGGAACUUUUGUUUCUUUGGAUUCUGCAUCGGGGGAUCUCAGACCUGGAACACCCCGGCCGCCCAGACUACCUCGAAGGCUGUCUCGACGAUCUGCACUAGCACUACGUCUCCCCCUGCUGUCCCUACCACUUCGAAGACGCCUGCUCCCGUCACCACGGCUUCUACCGUCAUCACAUCCGCAGCUUCCAUCACCACGCCUCCCUCGACCUGUACGCCAAUCAGCUGGACCAACACCAAUUCCUUCACCACCGCCACAUCCUGCGCGGCGCCGUUCGAAGUCGGUACCUACUGCGGCUUCAUCAACCCAGAGGAUCCUUGCGCUGUCCAACCUGAUGGAAACGGUCCUCACGUCCAGCCCGAUACUGUGGAUGCAUUCCUUGCGUACCAGGAGUUCCACCAGGAUGCCCAGAACGCCAAGACCCCUGCGGGAUACGCUUCCACCUUCAAGGAUCUCGACGCUUCGGUCAACGCCAACAGCUACCUCGGCCUCUACACUCUCAAGAGCUACGACGUCGCCCAGUGCGCCAGCCUCUGCGACAGCACAAAGCUAUGCACCGGUAUCAACAUCUACGUCGAGCGCGACCCGUCCAUCAACCCUGCCGGCUGCACUUGCUCGAACCCGCCGUCCAUCUCCAACUACAAGUGCACCCUCUGGGGCUCCGGCGUCGAGCAGGCCGCCGCGACCAACACCGGCGAGGGACGGAACGGCUUCCAGGUGGUGAUUGCCGGCUCCAACGGCUAUGAGAAGACCAACACCACCACGCCGGCGACGCCCUCCGGCUGGACGAACCCCCAGAACUGCAGCAGCGUGGUCCACAGCCACCCCAGCACCUGCAUGGGGCAGAACUUCUUCCCGGGCCCCUUCGACGCCAACGUCUGCGCCUCCUACGCCGCCUCUCAGAACGCCCUGAACUCCAAGUCUCUUGGUAUCUGGUCGUGGGCCUCCUGGUUCGGCUACAGCCCGCUGCGCUGCAACUUCUUCAAUGCCUUCAUGGUCAAGGAGAACGGGGUCGCCAAGGGCACCUACUGCAGCCUCUUCACCCAGCAGUACGCUCCUUCGGCUGCUAGCUACAAGCCCGAGUUUUCGGGCGGCAUCUCCUGGGGUGUCGAGAGCAGUUGGAGUUUCUGCAGCGCUUAGUUGGAGUGUUGCCCUGGACAGCCACAGCCAUGUACAAGCUGACCAAUUGGUCUCUGUGGUGUUUUCACUCCGAUUAUGUACCUAUACUCUCUAUAGACUUGCUACUUUUCCCUCGACAUGUAUUGUAUAAUUUUCU